UGAGCUUCAGGUCAGACACCGAGCAGCUUUGGGAGUUUUCAGAUCAGCAAAGCGAGGAAAAGUUUUGACAAGCGAACCUGCGUGCGGCUUCUGACAGCAGCAGCUCAGCGUUCAGCCUCAGCCCGUGUGUGGAGAGCUUCUGCGGGUGAGAGGCUGUACAAUCCUCGGCAGUGUUCUGAGACUGUGCGGCCCCGAUACCCCUCCAACCCCCCCACCACCCCCCUCCAGCCUGGACGGUCACAGUCCGCCUGGUUUCAUGGACUAACCGACAGUUCACAUGUUUAAUGACAUUAUCUGUCAGAGGGCUCCUUCUGACCAGCGCACUUCGAGUACCAACACGUUUUACUUGUCUUGACUCUAAAGUUGGACCUAACUUUGCCGGGGAAUUACAACAUUGUUAUCGUGCAUAAGCGACAACAUGACGGCCGAAAAGGAGAAAAAGAGGAGCAGUUCAGAGCGGCGUAAGGAGAAGUCCCGGGACGCAGCCCGCUGCCGGCGCAGCAAAGAGACUGAGGUUUUCUAUGACCUUGCUCACCAGCUGCCUUUACCCCACAGUGUCAGCUCUCACCUGGACAAGGCCUCCAUCAUGAGGCUGGCUAUCAGCUUCCUGCGCACACGCAAGCUGCUCGCCACAGGCUGUAGCAGCGGCGGUGACGAGGACAGACAGAUGGACAGUCUGUACCUGAAGUCUCUGGAGGGCUUCAUCACCGUGGUAACAUCUGACGGCGACAUGAUAUUCCUGUCCGAGAACAUCAACAAAGUCAUGGGGCUCACUCAGGUGGACCUUACUGGUCACAGCAUCUUUGACUUCACCCAUCCAUGUGACCAUGACGAGAUCAGAGAAAAUCUCAGCCUGAAGACAGCUGGCAGUGGCUUUGGUAAAAAAAGCAAAGAGCUGAGUACUGAGCGAGAUUUCUUCAUGCGGAUGAAAUGCACAGUGACCAACAGAGGACGCACUGUCAACCUCAAGUCAGCCAGCUGGAAGGUUCUGCAUUGUACUGGACACCUCAAGAUGUACAACAGCUGCCCUCCGCGAGGCCUGUGUGGCUUCAAAGAGCCUCCGCUCACCUGCGCUGUCCUGAUGUGCGACCCCAUCCCACACCCGUCCAACAUCGACACGCCUCUGGACAGCAAAACCUUCCUGAGCAGACACAGCAUGGAUAUGAAGUUCACCUACUGUGAUGAGAGGGUAACAGAGUUGAUGGGAUACACCGCUGAGGAUCUGCUGGGUCGCUCAGUCUAUGACUUUUACCACGCCCUGGACUCAGACAGCGUCACCAAGAGCCACCACAACUUGUGUACCAAGGGUCAGGCAGUCAGUGGUCGGUAUCGUAUGCUGGCGAAGAACGGAGGCUACGUCUGGGUAGAAACCCAGGGAACUGUCAUCUACAACAGCCGCAACUCCCAGCCCCAGUGCAUCGUGUGCAUAAACUAUGUCCUCAGCGACAUUGAGGAGAAGUCCAUGAUUUUCUCCUUGGAGCAGACAGAGUCACUGUUCAAGCCAUGCCACAUGAGCAGCUUCUUCAACGCUGGAGGUGAAGGCGUGGCCGGAGAGGCGGGAGAUGCCCUCUUUACCAAACUCAAAAAGGAGCCGGAGGACCUCGCCCAGCUGGCUCCAACACCUGGAGAUACAAUCAUCAGCCUCGACUUCCGCCGCACUCACUUCGAGGAGCCCCAGCAGCCAGCUGGAUACGCACAGGCGCCUGCUGCAUCUAUGCCCCCUCCGGACCCUCCAUCCUGGGCCAGCGAGAGCCACAAGCUUGCCCCUCCAUCAUCAGGCCAAAUCUCUGCACCAGUUCCAAGGGACAUGGUUACCAUGGCCAGUACGUUCACUGUGCAGCAGAAUCCGCCACCGGGCAGCGCCACUCCGAGCCUCAGCAGCUGCUCCACGCCCAGCAGCCCAGGUGAUUACUACAGCUCAGUGGAGAGUGACCUGAAGGUGGAGCUGACUGAGAAGCUGUUUGCUCUCGAUACGGAGAGCAACAACAGUCCUGCAAACACUGAGAGAGACUUGAGUGACUUAGAUUUGGAGACUUUGGCUCCUUAUAUCCCAAUGGAUGGUGAGGACUUCCAGCUGAAUCCCAUCAUCCCAGAAUCCGAGCCCCUGGAGGGAGGUCCCGGAGGAUCCAUGGGGAGCAGCAGCAGCCUGACCCAAACACACAAGGCCACGCUGCAGAGUUUCAGCAACAUUGUCAGCCUCUUCCAGCCCUUGUCCUCCCCUCCUCAGUCCCAAGGUCACUACCAGCACCAGCCAGCUACAUCCUGGGCUGCAAGGGAGAAGAGAGGCUCCAGCCAGGGGUCCGUGGACCCCUGUGCAAGGUCUUGCAUUAUGGGGCAAAUGCAGAGUCCCCCGUACCGGGCUCCAGCCAGCACCCCACUGUCCUCCAUGGGUGGGAGGCAGAACCUGCAGUGGCCACCAGACCCUCUGUUAACCUACCAACAGCAACCACGAGCCACCAAGACCUACCUGAUGGAUGCUUUGUCAGGAGAGGAGCGCCUGCCCUGUCAACAGAACACACCACAUCUCAUGCAGAAAUAUAGGUCGGCUGACAAUUUUGUUCAAGCCUACAGAGACAUGAGUCCAGCCAGAGUGGCCAUGGCCAACAGUAUCAAGCGCUCCUUUACCCAGAUGUCUGUGGGUGAAAAUAAGCCAUCGGAAAUCUGGAAGAAGAUGAGGAUUGACGGUUGUGUCGCCAUGGAUCGCUCCCUCAGCACAGGAUCACUGGCAGAGUCGGGGAUGGGAAGGAUGAUGCCAGGCAGCAUGUCUUCCUGUCUCAGCUCUCUGCCGCAACACAGGAAGUGUCAGUAUCCAGAAAAUGGGAUAGCUGGUGCACAUGAGAAAGCUGUUCCCCAAAAGAGCUACAACUACACACAGUAUAACAUGCUGGCUUCUACCAAGACUGAGGGUAUAGUCAGCCGUUUGCUGGGCACUUCCUUUGAGUCCUCCUGCCUGCCAGAGUUGACCCGUUAUGACUGUGAGGUCAACAUCCCGCUGCAGGGCAACCUGCACCUCCUUCAGGGCUGUGACCUACUGCGAGCCCUGGACCAGGCCACCUAGAGCCCCGGAUUCAAACCCCGCCAUAGACCCAACUUACUCCCAGCCCUGAGUCUCAACCUGCAGCCUGAGACUUAAGCCUUUCUUUACAUUCAUACCUAUGGGCCUUCUGAGAGCACUGCUGUUAGGCUACCUAUAGGGAAUGGUAUGCAAAACCAUAUCCUGUCCUAUUAAUGUUAUUUGGUCAGCCCCACACUCUGUCCUUUUUUAUAGCUCUGUACCUAAACCAUCUAAACAAGCUAAGAGAUCAGGGCUACUUGCAUCCCUUUACCCCCAAGCUCUGGACAAGAUGCUGAGGUUGACCGCCAUUGUAUAAAAGUUGACCUGCAUUGAGCCACUCACAUACACAUAGAAGCUAACAUGGGUCACUUGGUGAAAAAAGGUAAACAUGGGACAAAAUGAUGCAACACCUGUGUCACUAAGUCUUGACACUGGGAUUUAGCGCCGGUCAUCGGGUCAGCUCUGUGUUUGGUGUUCAGGCUGAACUCGGGCCUAUGGUGUAAAGGGGUAUUAGCAGCGUGGGAUUUAAACACACACAACCUGCCUUAAAGGCCAGCUCUGCGGUUUCUUGCCAAGGCUUAGCAAGGUGGGAAUCCAUGGCCAGGCUACAUAUAGUUAUGGGAUUCAAACCUACAACCUGUAUCUUAUCCAGACCCACACCCUGGUAUGACCUCUAUGCAGCUCUGUUGCCAGCCCUACCUUCUCUUUAUCAACGUAUUUAGCUCAGACGAGAAGAUGUUAAACUAUCAACACAUCAACAGAGACACUGUGUUCUUUCACUUUGUGUUUUUGACCAGCAGUUAAAACCAGCCCACUUUUGUAGUUUCACUCAAAGCUUCAAGCAAGAGUUGGGUGUCAUGAGGGGGUUGUGACUUGUAGCCAUCAAAUUUAUAAGUAGGCUCAUUAAAUCUGCUUACUGACCCCCCCUCCCACCCAAGAAACAUAAUCACUGCAGUGCAAUAUGCUGGACCGGAGCACUUUAAAGCGUGGCUAAAUGUAACAGCUGUGCCAAAAUAAUUAAUGGUUGGUAGUAUGGAGUCACAACUUCUUUGGCUUGCUACUUGCGUACAUGGCAAGAUAGAGAAUUUCUUUUGCAUAAAACACUUAAUGGUAUAUGGCAAGUCUGCUUAAGAUAAAAGGACCAGGGCAUGAUGAGAAGCAGAAUCAUAAUCAAAAAUGAUACCCAGCUCUGCUCAAGCGUUUCCCACAUAUACAGUCAUCAAACCUGCCUCUUCUUGCCUGAGUCACUGUAACAUCAUCAACCGCUGUGUUUAAAUAACAAAGUAGCGCAGUGUGAUGAUUCUCACAACAACUGGUUUACAAUAGCAUUCAAUCUGUUUGGGUCAACCUUCAAUGAUGCUUUUUUAUUGUUGUUUAAGUUCUUAUAAUAAGUAUAAUUAUUACUUUAUUGAAUUGAGACAUUUUAGCUUUUAUCAGAUCUCCCCACAUUAUUCAAUCCAAAUCGAUGGGGCACUUUACCAUAUCAAUUAUUCCCUCUCGCAUUUUUAUUUUUUUUGUUCUUACUCUACCUACCAGAUUAUUGUGUGUCCAACUCAGACACACUAAUAUAUUACAUAUUGCAAUGCAUCUACUCUACUGUAAGAAUAUUACACUUUGUUUUUCUUUCUUCAAUCUUCUCUUCUUAAACUUGUCUUUGAUUUAACUAAACAUUGUUUCUCUCAUGCUUGUUUUUUUUCUGUCAGGUAUGUAGAUUGUGUGACUACAGGGUUUUUUUUUAUUGUGCAAUUAUUUCAUUAAGCUAAAGCUUAUAUAGUCAGCAACAAAGCUAGCCUUAUUCACCAAUCGGAUAGCUUGUACAAAAGGUCUGACCUGCACACACUGAAAGAGUUCAUGUGAUUACAAUAUUGUGAGCUUACACACACAAACACACACACACUUUACGCAUAUAGACAACCAUAUAAAAACAGUGGUGUGCACAAAUAUCUAAGGAGCUGGUAUGAGGAUGAAAAAGGGGCACCUCUCCUGCAAGUUUAAUUUUAAGGUUUAAAGUGUUGUAGGCUGCUUAACGAGAGAUUACAUGUACUUUUGCUAGUUUUGCUGACCUUUGUCAAAUGCAGACUAUGCAAUUUUAUAUUUUUUCCUACCCUUCCAGGCAGACAUUGGUUUUCAUUUAUUUCUGUGUAGUAUUAAAAUCAAUUAGCAGAAUUUUGAAACUUGCUUGAGUUGUGUAAUGCAUCAUAGUUGCAUAGUUUUUGGGUCAAAGUUACAAUAUUUGUGUGUGGCAAUGCUUGAUUUGAAAAGUCUGCACUGCAUUUCCUGAUUGAUUUGAUUUCAUUAAUAAUUCUAAAUACUUUAACACUGUAGGCCCGUGACAAAGAUUUUUUUUCGUUAUCAAUUAAUAUGCCUUGGAUUGUCUAUAAAAAUUUACAAAAAUAGUGAAAAAUUAUUAUUGAGAGGCAGCAAGUUCAGAUGUCUUGUUUUAUCUGACAAUCAGUCCUAAGCACAUUAUACUGUCCUGUACACUGUCUAAAGUUCUAAGAUAUUCAGGAAUCCUAUAUGGCAAAGAAACAAAUAUGAUGAUAGCAGAGCAUCUACGUUUACAUGUUCAAAGCUUCAUAUUUGAAAUCAAGCUAUAAAUUAUUUGAGACAUCUUGCGUAACUAUAUUCUAAACUAUGAUGCAACUUUGAGCAUUGUCAUUCAUGUCCAUGUAGUACAAAAUGUAUAGAAACUAAUGUCUGCCUGGAAUGGAAGAAAACAAUUCUAAACCGCAGCAACAUGGUUUGCAGAAUGGUUCACUGUAUUGUAAAGUAUGAGUUAGAUUUAUAGUAAAUGGGCUGAACUUGCAAAGUCACUGAAAUGCCCCUCUAAGCUAAAAAGGGGGGGAUAUUUGGGAUGUAUAAUGGGCAUUUGAAUGGGCUAAUCAGAAGUGCAAUAGGGGGGGAUCGUAAGUCACUUUGGCUGAUCAGAGUUCCACUUAGUAGAGAUUGAGUUGGUAUUUGGGCUAAUCAGAGAAUGGGGUUACAUGAGCAGCUCUAGCAGCCUCUAUAGCCCCACUGGUGUGAUAUUAGGGCAAAGAUUAAUCCACUUUUCUGGAGCAGGAAGGGCAAUGGAGGUCGCUCCCCACACCCACUUUGCACACCACUGCACAAACCAGACAGUGUAACGCUAGAUGACAGAAGCAAAUGCAGAAUCACGUACUCAUUCAGACUAUACAUAUGUACAUAGCAGCGGCAGCAGCAGCCUGUGAAGUGACUUGAAUGUGGAGUGUAUGUAUGUAUUCUUUAGGAUUAGGACAAGGCCAGUUUUUUUCUUUAUAAUUAACGACAUGCAGUAGCUGCCAAUAUCAGAGCGCUUUGAUACAGAAUAUUAUUAGUCGUCCUAAUACACAGUGGACUAAGAUUAAGGUCAGGAUUUUUAAUUUCAAACUAGAAACUAAUUUUCACCCCAGUCAUGUCAGUAAUAUCAUCAACAGUAUGCCUUCAGUGAAAACACGUUCUCACAAUAUUUCCUAAUCUAAUUAGUUUUUUUUCCAGGUAAUUGUCUUUGUGUGACCACUUUUUGAAUAUCAGUUAUAGAGCUUUGUACACAUAUACGUUAUGUAUUUAAAAAGACAAAACUAAUGUUGAAGAUAGUGUUUUUAGUGUUUGUGUUCUGGUACUUUGUCCUUAUCUACCCCUGUAGAUGCAGAUCGAUCAGAUCCCCACACAGUGCUGUUUCCGUGUUGUGGUAUUUUUUUUUCCCUUUAUUGUUUUAUCCUUAAAUACCCUUAAUAUCUUAUCCCUAAAAAUAUCUAUUGAAUCUGUCGACUGGACAGUACUGUUGUUGUUCUUGCUUUAAGACAAAAAAAUAACAGGAAAAGAGUUCAGAUUAAAGAUGAAAAUCAGUUUUCUAAGUUUCACUUUUCAGAUAUGUAGCAUUUUGAACAUUGUUAAGAAGGUGAAGUUGCCACAUAAUCACAUAGUUUUCCAGUUGCAUAUAUAAAAGCAAAGGUGCUUCAUUGACCAUGUAUGCGUCAUUUUUAGAACUUUUAUUACAUCUCUUUGAUCCACUAAUACUAUAUUUUGAUGUUCUCUGCUGUAUGUCAUGCUGAAAGUUUAUUUUAAAUCUAUAUAACGUGCCUUAUCAUGACUUCAUUGUUGUCUCAACGCCUACUGACUUUGCCCUUCAAGUGCACAGUUUGUUCCCUUCAACCUGUAACAUAAAUAACUCUGGGGGUGAUUUUUAAUUAAAUCCUAACAUGAUAUUGUAUCCCAUGUAAAAGUUAAACUAUUUGGUUUGCUAUUCUGAUAGAAUAGCAAACCACUUCCCUUUGGUUUGGGUCUGCUUACCUUUUUGUCAUGCUUAUUGUCCAAUAGAAGCUCCCAUAAUUUUUGUAAGAACUGGAAAAGAUCCAAAAUUAAGUGAUACAACAUCACAGUUAGGAUGUUUUUCCAUAAUAACCCCUGAGGUCCUGUUAACAGAUCCUCUAUAGCCUCAUCUGAUACAUUAAUUUAGAUCAAGAUUCAAGUAGAACCCUACAAGAACUCCAUGUAGAUCCCCUGGUGAUGAAGAGAAAAUUUGUUGAACGGUUUUUAAGGUAAUAAUUUCCUAGCUCAUCAAAUGACCUGACAGUCUCUUGAUGAGGGGGUUUAGGUGAAAAAGAUUUGACUGUACAGUAAGAGUUUUCCUGGAAGGGUCACAGGUCAGAGGGGACAGUAGUGUCCGACCAAGUUCAUGCUUUGCUUUUGCAGAUUGCUUGAUACAGAUGUUGAGAGUCCAUUACUAUCACUCGGCAAACUAAAUUUUCCUGACUUUUAUUUGGAUAUAUAGCUUUUUAUUUGAAUAAACAUGCUGCACAGUGUGCUUUUAAGAUGCAAAUGAUGUGAGUGGUGCUUAAAAGUGUUAGAUUAAGAUUACAAGCUGAAUAUUGGGAAUUUGAAACAAAACAAACAGAUACCUCCUCCAGCAGUUUGGUCAUCUGUGACUUGACCGUGUAGAUAAUACAGUUUGAAAUGAAAGCUAUUCAAUUUCUCAUGAAUGCCUCGUGUAUAGGAGAGACACCAAUAAAAUGAAAUUCAUAAUUUUACGAACCGCCCCAUAUUUAUGGUUUUUGCCAUUAUUUCUACUAGCUACUAUCACAUUUUGGACCACCUCCAUUGCAGAGACAUAGGAAUGAAGUAAAAUAUCAUGAUUUAGAAGCUUAGAUUACAACCAAAUCUGCAGUUUAACUAUAUUACAGUAUCUGAACUACUUUUUUGGAUGGAAAAACGUGAUCUUAAAAGGAGGCCUAUUAUACUGCUUUUCCAGUCCAAGUUCAUAAAUUAAAUUUUUGUGAAGAUUAAAUCCAGGUUGUAAAAAAAAAAAAACAGCCACCUGGGCCACAAGAUGUUUAAUAGGACUGGAGAGGAGCAUUACCCUGAGAGGGGAUGUAGGCAGAGAAACAGUUUGAACAAUUAUGAAGAUAUGAAAAUAACUGAUGUCGAGCUGAGAGACACAUCUUGCUCAGCCUGCCCACUGACGCAUAUCUCUCAACUCCUCCACUCGACAGAUUACUCAUCUGUUUCUACUCUCACUCCCCUCUUGCGCUUUAAUUUUUUGGAAAUUCAAACAAAAUUUGGUUUUCUCUCCUAAUGUUACUUUAGACAAGAGGGCAAUUUUUUCAUUACUCAAAUUAAAAGUUCUUCUUAUUUCAAGGUGAAAAGCCUGCAAAUUGAGCUAUUCCUAUUUGUAAGAUAAUGUAUAGUAUUUAAAAAAACUUGUUAUGUUUUAAAUUCGGAUUUCUGAUUAUAGAAAUCAAAGUUUGUUAGAUUAGGUUUCCAGAAAAGCACCUUAAGCAUGUUUUUAAAUAUUGUCAGAUUUACAGUCAAAUAUAAAACUAUUCUUUAACAGUCCCAGUUGUAUGUUAAUCUCAUGGGACCAAAGAGGUUUUAGGAUUAUAUUACAUGUUCUGAAACAUGCAAAUGGACUUUUUAGCAACUGAUGAGAUUUGAACCAAAUUGUGUUAAUGUAUGUGGAUAGAGUUGGCCAGAUGGAAGUUGAUUUUAAAAAUACAAAUCUAGGCAGAAGGGAAGUCCUGCACCCCAUUUUAAGCUAGCUUCUGCUCCACUAGCCAAGGCAAGACAAUUUAAAAUAAAAAGUUUUUAGAAAUAUAAAAUGUAUACACCUAGUCAUUUAACCAAGAUAAAACAACAAUUAUUUUGUAGCAUUUAAAAACUACACCUCUGAGUCCUUAAAGUAUCUUAGAGGUAUCAUAUCCUAACAUUGUUUUAUCUUUGCUAAAAUAAAAUGUGAAAAUAUCACUGCUUAAGUGUUAUAGUAGAUAUUAGAUUACCUUAGAAUAUGGAUAGAAAACCCCAGAAACUAGACAGAAGAGAGAAAACUCAGAGAAUCCAUUAAAACGCAAAUGCUAGUAGCACAGAUGCUAACCUAAAAACGGGUGGGGCUUCAGCUCUCUAUUUAAAGCCUAGAAGGCUUAUCACCAGUCGUAGUGCUCAACAUACUGUGCUGCUUGAAGGGUUUCCCCCAAAACAAAAAAGUGUCAGGAGUCAGUCGACUCCUUCAUUGCACUUCCUCUUUAAAAAAACAAUAUAGCAUUUUGUCUUGUGUCUCGUGUAACAGGGUUUUUGUUUUUCCUUAUGGGAUCCAUGUUCAGCUAUUUGUAUUCUGUUUUGUCAAUGUCAUACAGUAAUGUUAUAUUAGCUAGUUCUGUAUUUUUUUUAAAUAAGCUAAAAAUAUUGAACUUAUUAUUAUCAUAUAUUGUUAUUACUAUAUGGGGAACUCAACCCAAUAAGAAGUUUGUGUUUCUGCACUGAUAUCUUAUUAUUAAAGCAUACUGAUCUUAUCCUCCCUCA